AUGCCUAGCCGCUUCGUAUCGGCUGGCAAGAUCGGCUCAUCUGGAGAGAUCUCGAAAGACGCCAGUGGCACAGAAUCAACACCUCAACAGCCGCUGCACAAUUCCGCUAAAUCCAAAGAAUGGGAAGCGGUUGAGAAACAGUUGGAAGCUGAAAGAAAGAAGCGCGAGGAACAGCGCAUCAAGGCUGCUACAGGAGAAGGCGAGAAGACCUUAUAUGACGUCCUCCAGGCAAACAAAGCGGCAAAACAGGCCGAAUUUGAAGAGCAGACCAAACUACGUAACCAGUUUCGUGCAUUGGAUGAUGACGAGAUAGAGUUCUUGGAUGAGAUACGCGCCAACAAGCGUGCAGAAGAGGAACGCGUGAAACGAGAGACGGAAGAAGGUCUAAAGGCAUUUCGAGAGCGACAAAAGGGCGAUACUGCUCAGGGCGAAACUGCUGGUGUUGAAGAAGAAGGCGAGUCAUGGGAGAUUGGUCGUAAGAGGAAGCGCACGAAAGAGAAAGAUGUCAAGGGGCUGAGGCGAAAAGUCAGCGCAGCGGAGGAGAAACAAACUGGGAAGCAAGAUACAAAGCCAGUCGAAGGCCCGAGUCGUGAUACGUUAGAUGAGAAGUCCAGGACGACAAAUCAGUCAGCUGCAAAGCCACCAGAGAAGAAGGGGCUAGUAUUGGUGGGUUAUGGGAGCGAUUCAGAUGAUGACGAUUGA